GCCGGCCGGCGGCCGCGGGCGGAGGGGGCGGUUCCACGAGUGUCUGCGGCCGCAGGGCGGGCGGCAGGUACCGCUGCGGCUGUGCCACAAGCUCGUUUUCUUCUUGGCUCUCCUCGUCCUCCGCCGGCGAUGAGCUGGGCCCCGUUGGGGACCGCACCUGCCGCCUGCCCGUCAGCCCGAAUCUGCCGACUUGACUUCGGCCUGGUCGUGGGCCCGACCCCCGCGGCGCGGUCCCUGAGGGGAGCGGCGGCCUCCUCCGCCCGGAGUCCUCGCCCGGGGGCCGCGCGGGGCGAGCGCCCUCCCCUCCCCUCCCCCGCCCGCCGUCCUCAAUGUCUCCCCGGCGGGCAGGGGGCUGCCUUGGAGACGCGCUGAGCGGCCCCCCCCGGAGGCCCGUCGGCAGCAGCAGCGGCGCCCCGCAGCCUUCCCCGGCGGCGGCGGCCUGGAGGAGCCGCGCACCCGCCGCUGCCCCGAGCCGGAGGAGAGGGCGGCGGGCGCCCCCCGGGGAAGAUGAAGGCAGAGGGGGGCGACCACUCCAUGAUCAACUUGUCGGUGCAGCAGGUCCUGAGCCUCUGGGCCCAUGGGACGGUGCUGAGGAACCUCACGGAGAUGUGGUACUGGAUCUUUCUCUGGGCUCUCUUCUCCUCUCUGUUUGUCCAUGGUGCUGCAGGAGUGUUGAUGUUUGUGAUGCUGCAGAGGCACAGGCAGGGGAGAGUAAUCUCUGUCGUUGCUGUCAGCAUCGGAUUUCUGGCUUCUGUAACUGGAGCAAUGAUUACUAGUGCCGCAGUUGCAGGCAUUUACAGAGUAGCUGGGAAGAACAUGGCCCCUUUGGAAGCACUGGUAUGGGGCGCUGGCCAGACUGUGCUGACGCUAAUCAUCUCCUUUUCAAGGAUCCUCGCUACACUUUGAGGUUUCUGUCUGGAAUGUCUUACUUCACAUGCGGAAACAAAUGUACGGAAUCCCUGGAAAUGGCAUUGUUAACGAGUGGAAAUGAAACUGUACAAGAUGUGGGGUGAGCUGAUCAAAACAUGCAGCUUUGAGCUGCAUGGAAAGAUUGCCCUCUGGUGUUCAAGUGAUUGCACUACUGCACUGCACCUUACGUGCCUCUGUCCCAGGCAAGGUGCAUCUGAUACACUACGUGAAGCUACAAGAAAAAGCACCUUGUUUAGCUGCCAAUCAGGUUAACAUUGGUGUUGAAAUCAUUGUUCUUAACAGUGUUAUGUUAAAUUACAGGGACAUUUUGAGGAAUUGAUAUAUGUGCCAAACUUUUUCCUUUUUUAAUGCUAUUGAUCAUGUAACAGUUUGCAAGUAGAGAUGUAGAUGAGUGUUGUGAACAUAUUUGACAUGAAUUCAGGUAAUAUAGUAAGAUUUUUGUUUUGUAAAACUAAAUCCCGUAUGAGUGCUGAAUAUUGGUUUUUAAUGUUGAGUGUGUCUGGGAUUUAGGGCUUUCAUACGUUUAGGCAUUAUUGUUAUUUAAUUUAUUUCAUAUGGAAAAUAAUACUUAGUGGAAAACUAGCUAAGCAAUUUUAAGGACUAAAAGUAGAUCUAUAGGGUGCAUAAUUUUCACUAACUUAACACCCUUUUAAUGGUUCCCCUUAUGGAUAAAUAUUCUGUUUAUAUAACUCAAAAACUUAUGGGUCACACACAUUGACUGUAGUUUGUGUAUCAUAAAAAUAUAAUUUGAAUAUGUUCUUAUAAAUUUUGUAAGAAAAAAGGUCUGAAAUGCAUGUUGCAUUCUUUAACCCUCCUAAAGAAAGUUUGUGCCGUGUAUCUCAUGGACAAAACAUCUUUAUAAUUAGUAUCUCAGUGGGAUUAUAUUACUUGUUGCAUUUAUCUUGCAUUUUGACAGAACAUAAACAAUCUUUCAUUCUGGAGUAUUAAGUGUAUUUAAAGAGUGGCCUAAAUUAGGCUUUGGAAACAAAAAGCCUCAUUUGUAGAUAAGUAACAAGUAAGUUAUAUAGGAAGGGUAUUAAACUAUCUUACUUUGGACAUGAGGCAACAUGACACUUUUGCUGAAAAGAAGUUGGAGAAUACAAUAAAUAAUUACAAAAUUUGGAAAUCAGUCUCAGCAUAUCAAUACAGUACUGAACGUGUAUUUGAUUUGUUUCAGUUGUUUAUUCUCUGUUACUUAAGUUUACUAGAUAGAAUCUAUGAUGACAUUUAUUAGAAAUCGAAAGGUCUUUAUUAUGGAACAAUUUGAGAGGCUUUAGAAAUACAUAAUUGUUUGUAAGAAUAUAAGAAGCAGGAAAAAUGCAGAGCCUGGUGGAAUUUGUCUCCUAAUGAGAUUUUUUUUGUACCAGGUUCGGUAGUAAAUGUGUUAACUCAAAGGAAGAACCAUUGCAGAUAAUAAGAAGUUAAGGACAAUCCAAAAAAUAAUCUGUGCACCGUAGCCUCACUGUUUUGUAACCUGACUUGGUAAAAAGUAGGUUUUUAUUAGUUUCCAUUCAAAUUUUAAGAACUUCAUUGCCCACACCACUUUUUCUCCAUCAAAAAAACCCAAAAUGUAUCAACAACUUAACAUUGAGAAGUUGGGGGGAGGGGGGGAAGGAUUGUUUUACCAGAAUGGAUGCCAAUUUGGGGGAUUUACUGUCACUAUUGUUUGGAAACUUGUUCUAAAAAAAAACAAAACAAAACAACACAAUAAGCAACUAUGCAUUCUUGGAAUCUUUGGAGUAAAAAUCUUAAAAAUUAUUCUUUUUAUCUUGUGCAAGCCUGAAAUUGUUUUCAUGUGUUCUUUAUAACCCUGACAUUUUCUCAAAUUAAAUCUAGGCAUAAAUUUUCCAAGUCAGUUUGAUUUCUCCUUUUCUGUUAAACUUGAAUUGUGUUCUUCCUUUAUGUGGCUAUUCUACAAAUAGACUAGGAAUUACCAAUAAUGUGUUGAAAUUGUUCCAGAUCUACAAAAUCAGUAUUUUAACAUACAGUUAUUUUAUCGUUUAAGAAGUUAUCAGGGUAAGAUAAUAUGGAGCAGAUGGUUCAUAAUCUAAAAUUAACCAGAAAAUAACUUAAACACCUUAAAUGUACGAGUGUAUGGACCAAAGAGGUUUAUACUACUGUUUCUCAGAAUGGAAGUAUAAUUGGAUGGUUAAUAUUUAGUUUGUAUUUUACAGUUAUCUCCUUACCGAGUUGCUUUUAAGUUAUGAAUUUUGUGUGUAUGUGUGUACUUUUAACUUUUGGGGGGGUGGAUUUUUGGAUUCUUUGCUGUUUUCAUUUAUUCCAUUGGGAUUUUGUACAAUGAUCACCAUUUUGAUGUUUUGGAAUGCAACUGAAUAGUGUGAAUUUAUGAAAUUGUCUUAAUAGCUAUUUAUAUGCUGAGUUGUUUUUUUUUUUUUAAGUUAGUGUUUUUUUUUCCUAUGGAGACAAGAAACAUUUAAUGAUAUAUAUGUGCACACAUAUUAUAUAUCUAUAUAUAAUGCUGCUAUAUAUGAAUACAGUCUAAUUAGAAAGCUUUUAUUCAAUGAACACUUUCAUAUUCUAGUGGAGAAUUUGAUAUGUUUGUUCAAUUGAAUGAUCUUUCAAAUAGGUUUGAGGAUUUUUAAGAUUUUUGAAUUUGGGGAAAAUUUUCUUGCUUUAAUUGAUAGUGCUGGAGAGCCUUUGUUAGUGGUAAGGGUAUUUUUUCUUGAAAUUUGUGUGAGGUUUAGCAGCAAAUUUUCUUUGCAAUAAGAGCAAGAAGGAAGGGGAUGAGGGGAUCCUCUGCAGUUUACACUCCUUUAUUAAAAAAAAAAAAAAAAAAUGUUUAGUAAAAUGUUGCUGACAGUGAAUCAAUUUCCCAAAGAAGAGAUUUUUGUAUGCUCAUACUAAUUAUUUAACCUAUUAUUUAGAGAUGACCAUAGAUCAGAAUUAGUCAAUGAUCCUUGUAUAAGCUACAAAUGAUCCUUAGCAUCUUUAGAUGAGGGAGGUACAUGUAAUCUGCCACAUGGGACAGCCCAGUUGGAUACCUGGAUAAGGGAGGUCCUUAGUGAUGGCUAUAUUCAAUUCUUGCAGUGUAAUUCUUAUUUUAGACCUUAAUGCUUACCAAACAGUGUUAUAGUUUUUUACCCAAUGUACUUUCUUAUUAUUUGCAGCAUAUGUUUUUGUUGCACAAAGAAGUGUAAGGGUAUCGUUUGUACUUUAAACAAGAGAAAUAAAGAAAUAAGCUGGACUGUAUAUCAUUUAUUUGUGACAUAAGGAACAAGGGUAACUUAAAAUCAAACAAUAUUAUUGGAAAAGGUUUUUAGGGAACCUCUAAUAUGAAGAAAGUUGGCAUGUUAAUGCCAGUGCCCCCAAGCUGACAUCUAUAUGUCUACAGAUUCAAUUUUGUAAAUGUUUUUUGUGACUCUGUACACAAAGUGGUGUACCAAGUAUUUUCUAUAGUAAGUACAGGGAUAGCCAAGAUGUGAUUCCUGCCCUUGAGUCCACUGGGAGCUAGUAGGAUGAUUUUAAAUCUUGAAAAGGUUGGGACAAUAUUUUAUGACCUGAUUUUAGUUGAGAGUUCAAGUCAUGCCCCCACCCCCACCCCCCAAUCUGAUUUUUCAAAUUCACCCACCAAGUAAAAUUUCAGGAACUGAGAUAAUAUUGUUCUGACAUAGUGAAGAGAGUGUAAGCCAGCCAUGUAGAUUGGAAUCCAGGCUCUGUCACUAAUUGUAGACUUUGAUAUAGAGCAAAUCAUAUCACCUCUCUGAGCUUCAGGUAGUUAUCAUGAGGAUUAUGUGGGACUAUUUAUGAAUGGCAAAGCAGUAUAUAUUUAAUAGUAAAUGCUCAAUAGUCAUUUGAAUUUUCUUUUAAAUUACCUCUUGCAAUACCAAUUCAAUAUGUUGUUUCAUAAGAUUCACCUAUUUGUUAUUGGUGGUGGAAAUGGCCUGGGCAAGCAGGAUUAAAUUAUGGGUUCUGCUUACCACUGAUUAAUAGAGAAAAAGGGUAGAGUUGGCCAGCAUUUACUCCUUUACUUUAUCCUGCUCACUUCCUUUAGAUUCAUCCAGCCAACAUUCAUUGAAUCUCUACUAUAUGCAGUUUACCAUGAUUGUUUUAGUGGUGGAAAAGUAAGAUAUAGCCCUUCUCUCUUCUCUACAUCCAUCUCUCUUCUGCUACCCCUAGGCUUUGGCUCUGCAGUGUAGUGCCAGUUUUGUAGGAGAAUAUGCCUGGGUUUUCAUGUCUCCCAAGUCCUUCCUUCCAUGGUCCCAGUGGUACUUAAGCCCUAUAUAGUUUUUUUUUUUAACUUAAAAGGAAAUACCAUAUUUUACAUUCAUGUCCAUUUGAGAAUUCAAGAGGUAACAAGAUGCUAAGAGUACUUUUAGAAAUAUUCUCAAACUACUUCACUCUUGUCUUUUUCUCUCAGAAAGUCUCAAUCAGAAUCUCUUCAGUCUUUGUAUUUUUAUUAUUAUUUUUUUUUAAUAUGGGAAGAAGGGGAAACAUUACUGAAGAAAUUCUACUAGAUCCAGAUUGCAGAGAAGUUUGGCAACACUUGCUGGAUAACUGGGUGAAUUACUGUCUCUUUAAUAAUCAGGGGUAAGGAUCUGAAUGUUUAAAAUUGACCAGCAGUCAAUGAAAUGGAGUCAUAAUCUCCCUUAACUUGUAACUUCUUGGAAGGAGACUCUCCAGGAUUAAAAGGACAUUAUUUGAUGACAUAUACUAAAAAUUUUCAACCAUGUUGUACCAUUUUGUAGCAGAGGUAAUCAAGAUGCUGUUUCUUUAUAUGUGAGACAUAACUUACUACAGUACAUUUUGAAAUCCUAUUACAGUUUUCUUGCAGUGGUCAAUUUUUCUCUUCUAACAUAGGGAUCUCUUGUCUGUGUAGGCAAUACAAUGUUGUUGAAGAGGUUAACUUCUAAGUGUUGCUGAAUCAGUUACCCAAAGAUGUAUCUGUGAAUUUGUUGUGGGGGUAGUCAUCCUAAAUAUAUGGAGUAUUUUCAGUAGAUGUGGAGAUGUACCAGUUAAUAUGUUAUUAAAUUAGUGGAAACAUUCAACUUUUCUGGAUGAGCUGAACUAUGAACUGCAAUUAUUUCUUCCCCUGAGUUUCAGGGAUUCAGUUUCGCAUUCUUUACAUUCAUUGCAUAUGUUAAACUUACACAAUAAUCCUUUCUCAAUUUUGAGAACUAAUUUAGCAGCUUCUUGAAAAUCUCCUACCCUUUUCCUUUCCACACAGAUUUCACAAUUUAUAAUUUUAUAAUUUAAAUAGAUGUAUAGUUUGUUGAUAGAAUCAGAAGUGCUGGUUUAGAAGAGCACUAUCAUCUCUGAAAACUGAGUGCUGUGGGCAAGUCAAGAGAGCAUGAACCUCCUGCAUAUUUUUUUUAGAUUAUAUACUGCACCCCCUUGUAUCUACCUUCAAUAGUAACAUGACUGUCCUCUUUUCAGGAAUGUAUUUAGGUAUGUAACUGAAACUGGAAAGCAGUGUGACACAAAUAUAUAGAAGGAACUAUAAUGCAUAAUCAUCUGAAUCUCAUAACUGUAACACCUUUUCUCCUAAAUAUAUUAUAGAUUGGUAAUUUCUAAAAAUCAUCACUUUAAGAGCCCUGCUGAAAUGAAUGUUAACUUGAAAGUACUACUGAUGAUGAAAAGUUGCCUUUGUUUUUAAAUUAAAGGAUUUGCACGUCAUCAUUAAGUCUCUUUGGGAAGGAAUGUUUUAAAGUUUUCUCUAUAGAAAGCAAAAUAGAGGCACUUCUUUGAAUAGUAAUAAAAAUUAUUUACUUCAGUACUGGGUGUACUGAUAGUCUAAUUGUUGACUAAGUUGAUACUGCAUGCGUUUACAAUGGAGGAAUUUUUUAAACGUUCUGGUCCUCUCCCCAAUACACACCCAGAAAACACACUUGCAUACACAUUCAGUCAUGAGCUCUAUACAUCUAGAUGAACAAAUAUGAAAUUCCACAGUAUUUUUCAUUUUAGUCAUAUAAUUUGGUAAGAUUUAUAUGAUUCUACCAUAAGUAUUAGCCCCUCACUCUAGACAAUCUGGGGUGAGGGGAUCAACUUAAAGUUAACUAGUUAAAAUAUCUUUAUUUAACAGUAAAAAUAUAGUCUACCUGAUAAGUAUCUGAAGAGCACUUUCAAACUGUGUUAACUCUCAGACCACUGAUGAAUCAUUUAGUAAAUCACAGUGCAGUUUUUAAAAGCUAAAUGAUGCCUUCGUGCCUUGAAAGUUAAGAUACUUUUGCAAAGUGAAUUUACCUAGAUUCAGGAUUGAUACAGAUGAGUUGGCUCUGUACAUGUUACUUGGGACUUGGAAUUAAGAGUUUAGGAAUGGUGUAAUUGAAACAAAUGUUAUGAUUUAAUAUAAAUCAGUUAUUUAGCCAUCAAUUAUGACAGAUGACAACUACUUUCAUUAUAUUUUCAUGAUGUGAUAUUUUUCUCUAUUUUUUCUUUUUUCCAAGUUAGUACAAAAUGGGGAAAAAUGUAAUCAAGAAAAUUAAAUGUGGGAUUUUAAGAUAUUUUGUUCUAAACUAGAGAUUAUAGUGUGAACAGUAAUAGUGUUGAGUUUUACAUAGUAGUACAAGGGCAGACACUUAUGUAAUCUUUAGAAAUACGUUUAUCAUCAGGGAUUUAUUUUUUACUAUAGAAAUUCUUAAUGUACUGUGAAGCUUAAAGACAGGAAGAAUAAACAUUGGAGGGGUAAUGCACAUAAACUAAAGCAUAUUUGAUGACGUGUACCCUACAUUAUGUGAACACAGUUUUCCCCUGUCUGUUAGAACUAUAAACUACACUGUAUGAGUAUGUGUACUGCAUGUUUAUGUAAUACAAUUUAAUUUUGAGGUAUUAUUUUAAAAACUAUGUUAUGUAUAACAACUAACAAGCUGUAAAUAUUGUAUACUAUUGAUUUUUAAUUUUAUAUAAACAAUUUUUUAUUUCCCAAUUCAUGUACAAAUCUCAUUGUGUAUAUAGCAUAAUUUCCUGGAGACGACAAAUUUUGCAGUGAAUUUUAAGUAUUUUAAUUGCAGUAAGCAUCUUCAUUUAGCCUUAGAGAUGUUGAUCUUUAUUUUAAAUUAUUUUUCACCACUCUCAUUUUCUUCAAAGGGCAGCAAUAAACAUAUGCAAGUUAUUUUUGAUUACAGAAAGUUGGGUCUACAAAAACAAGAUCUAGGUUCCAAUUCAUUGCUUUAAAGUAGAGAUUCACAAUUAAUAUAUCAUCCAGUGUCUAAUCCCAGGACCAUUUCUGAGUCUACAUGUUGCUCUCCUCUUUGUAAUAUACAGGGUGAACUCUUUACUAACACACACAAAAGAACUGUUAAAAGUGAAUCCAGCACUUAUAUGUCAUUACACAGAAUUUAUUGGAUUAAAAAUUUGUAAUAUACAGUAUUUUACUAAGGUUUCUGUAUUCAAUUUCAUGCACUUAUAUAUAAAUAAACCUGUCUUUAAAAGCUU